AUGGAUACUCUUACCUUGCGCGGUACUCUCGAAGGUCAUGGCAACUGGGUCACUGCCAUUGCUACCACCUCUGAAGCUCCUGAUAUGGUUUUGUCUGCCUCUCGUGAUAAGACCAUCAUCGUCUGGAACCUUAUCAGAGAUGAGUUGAACUAUGGUGUCCCUCGUAAGUCUCUUGUUGGUCACUCCCACUUUGUUGAGGAUCUUGCCAUCUCUUCUGACGGUCAAUUCGCUUUGUCCGCCUCUUGGGAUCAAACUCUUCGUCUUUGGGACCUCAACAGCGGUACCACCACCCGUCGUUUCGUCGGCCACACCAACGAUGUUCUCUCUGUCUCUUUCUCUGCCGAUAACCGUCAAAUCGUUUCCGGCUCUCGUGACAAGUCCAUCAAGUUGUGGAACACUCUCGGUGAGUGCAAGUAUAACAUCACUGAAGAUGGUCACUCUGAAUGGGUUUCUUGUGUUCGUUUCUCUCCUAACCCUGCUAACCCUCUCAUCGUUUCCGGUGGUUGGGACAAGCUCGUCAAGGUCUGGGAUUUGACCAAGAUGAAGUUGAGAACCAACUUCAUUGGCCACAACGGUUAUGUCAACACUGUUACCAUCUCUCCCGAUGGUUCUCUCUGUGCCUCUGCUGGUAAGGAUGGUGUUGUCAUGCUCUGGGAUUUGAACGAUGCCAAGCAUCUCUACUCUCUCGAAGCUGGAUCUCUCGUCCACGCUCUUACCUUCUCUCCCAACCGUUACUGGCUCUGUGCUGCUACCGCCAACGGUAUCAAGAUCUGGGAUCUCGAGUCCAAGUCCGUUGUUGAUGACCUCCGUCCUGAAUUCCCUCAAUUGGGUAAGAGAAAGAACCCUGACCCUGACUGUUUGUCUGUCUGCUGGUCUGCCGAUGGUGCCACCCUCUUCUCUGGUUACUCUGACAACAUUAUUCGUGUCUGGCAAGUCACCCGUACUCUUUAA